UACUGUUCUGCACAAAGUGAAAGUAACAACAAAAUUAAGAUUUUAUUUGGUGAAAAUCGACACGUGAUAAAACGGUCUCGUUAUUUUGAUACACAGUAUUUCUUUGAUCGAUCGAGAAGUUAAUCGAAAAUUAUCGUCGAUCGAUGCUCUUCUAUCGAUCUAAGCAAUGGAGCCCGAGAUACCUUUACUACAGGGAAUUCUUCUUCUACCGCCGCAAGGAAUGCUAGGACAACUCAAGAAAUCAUGGCAUAAAAGAUUUUGUCAGCUAUUCAAGGCGAGUAAUUAUGGAAUUGAACGGUUGGAGAUCUAUGAUAAUCAUGAAGAAGCGAUAUUGCAAUUACACUCACCUCGGAUUGUUACUUUGGAAGCUUGCGUUAAAAUUGCACCGAGUAAUCAUUCCCAUGUAUUUACUGUGGUUACAAAGUCAUGCGUACAUUACUUUGGAUGUUGUUCGGUAGCAGAUAUGUAUAGGUGGAUCAGUGCAUUCCAAUUAGUUGCAUUUAAGGAUAAGUUGUCUAAGCAAACAAUAGAAGAGAAUUCAGACUUAUAUUGCACCAGUGGUGAAGGAGUAUUUUCUGUGAAGGUAGUAGAGACAGAUGCGUCUAAACGUUGCGGUCUAGAAACAAGAACUUAUACCUUGGUAGUUGCUGCUGUUGAUAUUAAAUUGAUGGACGGGGAUAUAGUUUUAUUUACAUGGCCUUACAGAUAUAUUAGAAGAUACGGAUAUAAAGAUGGAAAGUUUACCUUUGAAGCUGGGAGAAAAUGUAAAUCGGGAGAAGGUUCCUUUUGUUUGGAACACGGUAGCCAGCAGGAAAUAUUUCGUUGCAUGUAUUUAAAAAUGAAAUCUAUGAAAAAAUUAUUAAACGGUGAUAAUAGUCCAAGCAUUGAGUGCAAUGACACUCAAUAUCAUGCUGCCUUGUCUAUGGAAGCUGGCUCCAGAUCCCCACUGCCACCUUCUCCUAAUAGCUCUACAAAUAUAAUAGAUAUAGAUUUUUCCGCAAUAACUCCUAAUUCGCAGAAACAAUUAAAUUCAUCUUCUGGCUCAGAUUCAACCACCGCUUCAAAACCUUCUCCACCAAUCGUCAGACCAAAGCCCUCUAAACCACCACGCAAAAAUAUAUUUACUGGUUUAUUAGAUAAAAAAAAUAUUGACUCGGAUAACAUUGAUACUCCUACUUCUAGUGAACAGAAAACAUUCAGUAAUACUAAUUCCCCAGAAUUGUCACAAAUAAGUGUUAAUAGUUCUAUAUUAGAAGAGGAAAAACAUUCCUAUGACUUAGUAGAAGUUAGAAAUGAUGCUUGGAAGACUCAUGGUACAGAUGAUGUACAUCAUACGGAAAAAUAUAAUACUUCUUUAAUUAGAAAUAAUACGGAUAAAGAAAAUAAUGAGGAUUGUCAAUAUGAGACGAUGAUGCCCGUUAACACAUCAUCUCAAAGUUUAUCCAAAAAUAAAAACAAUGCCAAUGAAAUAAUUAGUAUUUCAUCAUCUAUAUUUUAUAAAUCUUGUAAAACCCCUGAUACGUCUGACUAUGACGAAUUAUUAAAUUUUGGCUCAGCGUCUAAACUUAUUCCAAUAUCCACGCACAAAAUUUCAACCGUAUCUUCGAGUACUCAGAGUAUGCAUAAUACUGCUCAAUCUACGGUAUCAAAUCCUAUAACUGAUUCUAAUCCGGCCUGGCCCAAUUAUGACAUCGUUGAAGACAUUUCUUCUGUUAGAUUAGCGGAUGACAGUCAUCUUGGAUAUGCUGUUGUUCGAAAAAACAUUCCAAUUGAAUCAUCUUCCAUUAAUGCGAAUAUGGGGCCAAAGCCUAUAGUUUACAAUGAUAGUGAAUACGCAGUGGUAUCGAAACCAAAAACGGUGUAAAACCUCCAAAAAUUUUCUUCUCCCUAAUAUAAAACAUGAAAUAAGCGAAUGAUUGUAAAGUUGUCACAAUUUAUAUAUAUAUAUAUUUUUAAAAUAUGUGAAAUAAGAUAAGACAUAUGCUAGUCUAUGCAAUCAUUACAAAAGCAUUCCUUUUCUUUUUAGAAGGAAAACUAAGAUGGAUAUUGAACAUGAAUUCUGUUUUUUUUUUUUUUUUAUUUAAUAUUAAUUCAUCAUUAAUAUGUCAAGUUAAAAAAAAAAUCAUUUGUUUAGACAAACUAUUAAUGUUGAUAUUACAGAAUUCCUAUAAUGAUUAUUUAUACGCUAGUCUUUCUGACCAUUGUCAACAUAUAGAAAUUACUUUGAAAAUAGGAAUAGAUUAUUUUAAAUAUUUGUUUAAGAAUUGAAGUAUAAUGGAUUUUUUGUUUCUAUUUGUAUAAAGCAUAACUAUAUUAAUUCAGACAUGGUGCCUUUGAUAAUGGUAUAAAAGAAAUAAUUAUAUUUGAAAUAUAUAUAUAUAUAUAUCAUAGUACACACUUUUUCAAAUUUUUUUUAUCAUCAAUUUAUAAAUCAAAGUGUAAUAAUUUCUUGAACAUGUGCCUUAGUGUACUUAGAUAUUUAAAAAAAAAACAUCUUUAUAAUAACAUUUGUUACGAAUGAUAAUUUCAUAUUCAUUUUCAAAAAUGUUAUUAAUAUUUCAAACAAAAUGUAUUAACUUAUUUUUAUAUCCCUGAUGUUGUUAUAGACAAACCGAUAUAAUCCUCUUCAAAGAUCUAUAGUUUAUAUAUCGUAGUAUCUAUAAUAAUUAAAAAAAUUCAUUAACAUAGAACAAUUUCAAAUAUAAUAAACGAUAGAUUUUAAUUGAAAUAAGUCUGCGAAGUGUAUCUACAUGAAUAUAUGUCUCAUGUGCCAAGUUAAGAUCUGCCAUGCUUUGAAAUAUAUUUUAUCAAUUUUUA